AUAUUCAUAAUCUCAACAAACGAUUUUUUUUUCUCCAACCUAUAAUAAUAAUAAAUGUGUACCAGUGCCAGUGUAGGCGUGGCGUAGAUAGAUAGAACAGUGGUGAACAGUAGUGACAGUAUAAGUAGAUCAGAUGAGAUAGUCUGAUAGUCUUCUGAUACUGAUAGUAAUAAUUAAUAGUAGAUUGAUAUAAAGUUGCUGGUAGGUAGUGGUAGUAUAAGAGUAAAGACAAGUAUAAUAAAUAUUAUCAUUAGUUUAUAUUUUAUAAUAGUGUAUUAUAUAAUAAUAAAAUAAAUAAGCUAAGUAAGUAAGGCUAACUAAGAUAGCAUAUCAUCAUCAUGUCAUAUUAUUAUGCUGGCUAAAACAAUAUCAAUAAAUAUCAUAUAAUAUGAUUCAUCAAAUAUCUGCAUAGGCAUGGCAGAUGGCAUAUCAAAUAUUCAUAAUCUUAUACUCUUAAAAUUAUAGUGAUAGUAUACAUACAUACAUAGUAUGAUAGUAUGUUAUUAUGUAGACAAUGAUGUAGAAUGUAGUCAAAAAGGAACAGUUUGGCAACACAGUUUACACAGUCACUGCUAACUUCUAGUUAAAAGUUUCAAUAAGCCUAUAAUUUGUAAUAACAUUAAUAUAAAUUUAUGAUUAUGACUAUUAUUUACUCUGUUAUAAAUGAAUACAAAAAGAAAUAUGUCACUGAAAUAAAGUAUUGUAUAAUAAUUAUUUGUAUAUUAUAAUUAUAUACUAUACUAAUAUACAUUUGUUUAAUAUUUACUUUUACUGAUUAAAACUGAAUUAUUCAUUAGUAAUAUUUAAUUAUUCCACAAAAAUUACUGACUGAAAUUUAGUACACUUAGCACACAUAAAUUUUACUUAUACCACUAUGAUUCAAUCAAAUUUAAAGUUCAGACUCAGAUAAUUAUAUUUGUAUUUAGUAGCAGAUUCAAUUAAUAUUAACCAAUUAACAUUCAGCAAUCAUUGGGCCUUGGCCCACUUGAAUGUAUGCUAAACCUAUUCCAGGCCCAAUUGUAAAACUAAGUCCUUAGUAAAAGUUAGUAAGACUUUAUUUAAUUUAAGUCUAUAAAAGAGGAUAACGGGUAUAGUCCAAAGUAGAGACCGACCGAAAGUGAUUUUCUGAUUUCGUCCGAAGCCGAUAAUAGGCAGCAAGUUUAAAAAUAACUUUCGGCCGAAACCGAAAAAAGGCCGAAAGUUAAAAAUGACUUUCGGCCAAAACCGAAAAUGAAAUAUUUGGAUAUUUUGAAAUUCGUUCCCGCAUACAUUCUGCAUACAUCGAAAAUGAUGGGGGAAAGUAUAAAUAUUUACAUUCUUUUUUAUAAAAAAUGAGAUAAUCGUGAAUAUUAAUAAAUAAACAUCUACUAUAGGGGUCUCAAACUCGCAGCCCGCCAACCAUUUGUGACCGCAAGAUGAUAUUUUGCGGCCCGUUACAUGACAGAAAAGUUUAUUGUUAAUGCGCCGGCUCGUUUCCCCCAUUCUCAUAUCUAUAACGUGACUCUCCGCAACGGUUUCAGUCGAGUCUCACCAACAAGUCUAAUUCUGAUUUUUUUAAAUGUUUCUAUAUAUUUUUGUAUUAUGAUUAUAAUGGUAAGAACCGUUUUAAAAUCGGAAAUAAAAGUUUCUAUUUUAUAGCUUUUUAUGAGACAAACAUGGCAAAGAGUUAGGAUUUAAGAAAAGUUUUUAAAAGUAAGUUGGCGGGUAAUGCACAACCAUAAUUGUGUAAAUCGUAGCAAUCUGUUGCAUUAUCAAAGGAUCCAUAUUAAAAUUGCCGCUAGUGUUUACGAGUGAGGUAUAGUCCGAGCCUGUCAGCGUGGUCACUUUCUAAAUCUUCUUCUUAUGCCUUUUUACCCAUUCUGAGUCUCUACAUUUUUUAGACUUCAAAAAAACAGACAGCUACUUUUCAGCUUUUUGCUGACUCUUUCUCCUUUACUUUGCAAGAUGCCCCGCGCGGGGAGCUGAAUGGAAAAAUAGACAAGCACGGACAUUUUAUUGCAUUGCCCUUCACCUUCCCUGAAAUUAUUGUUCUGAUCAUGGUUCUAAAAUAUCACUUAAUUUGUUCUUAAAGAUCCCUUUAUUUGUUUCUAAAGAUUGUUUAGUUUGUUCUUAAAGACCGCUUAGUUUGUUCUUAAAGAUCGCUAAGUUUGUUCUUAAAGAUCGCUAAGUUUGUUCUUAAAGAUCGUUUAGUUUGUUCUUAAAGAGCGUUCAGUUUGUUGUUAAAGAGCGUUCAGUUUUUUGUUAUUGAUCACUUUAUUUGUUUUAAAGAACGUUUUAGUUUGUUAAUAAAUACAAUCGCUUAGUUUGUUCUAAAAGAGCGCUUAGUUUGUUAUUAAAGAGCGUUCAGUUUGUUGUUAAAGAGCGUUCAGUUUUUUGUUAUUGAUCACUUUAUUUGUUUUAAAGAACGUUUUAGUUUGUUCAUAAAGAUUGCCUGGUUUGUUGUUAAAGAUCGUUCAGUUUUUUGUUAAUGAUCUUAUUUGCUUGUAAAGAUCAUUGAUUUUGUUCUUAAAUAUCGCUUAAUUGUUCUUAAAGAUCAUAAGGUUUGUUUUUAUAGAUCUUUUAGUUUGUUAUACAAAAUCAUUUAGUUUGUUCUUAAAGAUCUUUUAGUUUUCUGUUAAAGAUCGCUUAGUUUAUUCUUAUAAAUCAUUUAGUUUACUAUUAAAGAUAAUUUGUUUUGUUCUUAAAGAUCAUUUAGUUUGUUCUUAAAAAUCGUUUAGUUCGUUUCUUUAAGAUUGUUUAGUAUGUUAUUAAAGAUCGUUUUAGAUUGUCCUAAAGAUCGCUUGGUUUGUUUUAAAGAUCGUUUAUUUUUUCUUAAAUGUCGCUUAGUUUGUUGUUAAUUAUCUUUUAGUUUGUUCUCAAAGAUCGCUUAAUUUGUUCUUUAAGAUCGCUUUAUUUGUUUUUAAAUAUCGCUUUUUUUUAAAGAUCGUUUAGUUUGUUCUUAAAAGUCGCUUAAUUUGUUCUUAAAGAUUGUUUUAUUUGUUCUUAAAUGUGGCUUAGCUUGUUGUUAAAUAUCGCUUUUGCUGAGUAUUAGAUGACUGAAAACCUCAGUCACUUUCGGCCGGAUGUCCGAAAGUCUAAGUCAAUUUCGGCAGAAAGUUAACUUUUCAGUUUCGGCUGAAACUGAAACUUGACGAAAGUAAUAAAAUGGCCACUUUCGCGCCGAAACCAAAGCCGAAGCCGAAAUUCGGUCGGUCUCUAGUCCAAUGGUCAGCAACCUUUUUUGAGUAAAAAGUCAUUUUAUAACUUACAUUUUACUAGGGUUGCCAGGUCUGCUUCCAAAAUAUAAGGGGGGGGGGGGGGGUGGUAAGUGGAAAAAAAAUUGUUAAUAUAAAUGUUAAAAAAGUGGACUGUCUGCUCAAAUAGUGUACACCUGGCAACCUUACAUUUUAACCUUUUUUGAGUAAAAAGUCAUUUUAUAACUUACAUUUUACUAGGGUUGCCAGGUCUGCUUCCAAAAUAUAAGGGGGGGGGGGUGGUAGUAAGUGGAAAAAAAAUUGUUAAUAUAAAUGUUAAAAAAGUGGACUGUCUGCUCAAAUAGUGGACACCUGGCAACCUUACAUUUUACAUCUGAUAAGACUAAGAACUUAAUUAGAAAGCUGCAGUAGGGGUGGUUUUAAUAAUGCAAAGAUCCACAGGAUGCUCACUGCUGGACUAGUCUAUAUACACAAAGUAUAGACUGAUAAAAUAGUUUAUAUUACUUAUUUGACAUUGAACUUUGUGCUGACGGGCGUAAGGAAAACAAUUAAUAUAUGCAAUUGAUUAUUUUUCAGAACCAUGCUACAAAUUUAACAUGAUUUCACAGACCCUGAUGGUUGAAGAUGUUGCUGGUUUUGUGAGGUUUGUCUAAGUAAAGGAAUCAUGGAGAGAUAGUGCAAGGAAAAUCAAGUGACUUUUGAAACAUUGUUUUUUUCUACUGUAAUAUCAAAUUAUUCAGCUUGAUGUCAGUUGGAUUCCAGUUACCAUUAUACAUGAAUUGUGAGAAUGUCUUCUAAACCAGUAAAUGCUGAAAAUGCCCACACCUACAAACUAGUUGUAGUUGGAGAUGGUGGUGUGGGAAAAUCUGCUCUAACCAUUCAGUUUUUUCAGAAAUUAUUUGUGCAAGAUUAUGAUCCUACAAUAGAAGACUCAUACAUUCAAUACACAGAGAUUGAUGGUGACUGGUGCAUCUUAGAUGGUAAGUAACACGUUUUUAAUUGAAAUCCUUUAAAAAGUAAUAAUUCUUUUUUGUUUUGCAUAAAUGUUCAAAUCUUCCACUGUUUUUCAUGAUAGAAAUUAAAUUUGUGACAAAUAUGUUUGUAAUUAUUCUUGUUGUAAAAUAAAAAAUGAUAAAAAUAAAGGAUUAAACAUGAAAAUACAUGUUAGGUUCAAACUUUAAAAAGAUGGUACAUUUUUAGAUUACAGCUACAUUGUAUAUUGCACCUUAAAAAACCUAAACAAUUUUAUUGGGUACACCAUCAUGAAUCACCUCUAAAUUUGAAAUUGGGAAAUAAUUGUAGAUUUUUAAUUUCACAACAACCGCUUAACUUUUAAGUUGACUGUAUCUUCAUUAGUAAAUAAGUAGACAUUUCAAGUUGAAUGGGAAACAUUGUUGUACAAUUGUGUGUUUUUUUAUAUUGAGUCUACCUCAUGAAAACAUUCAUGCCAGGAAUUGUAAGUUACAAUUUCAUUAUAACGUUUUAUUAAAAUUAUUAUAAAUCAAAGAAAAUAUUACCACAGGAUUUACUGACAUCAUUAAAAAAAAAUGUUUUCAUUUUUAGGUUAAGCUCUGAAUGGGUUGAACUGAUUUGCUGACAUGAUUUAUCUAAGGUAUGAUCCAUGUAUCUUUAUCAGCUAUGUUUCAACAUUAUUUUGUUUGUUUUCAGUGCUGGAUACAGCUGGACAAGAAGAAUUUAGCGCCAUGAGGGAGCAGUACAUGAGGAAAGGAGAUGGUUUCUUACUUGUAUAUUCAGUCACAGAUAAACAAAGCUUUGAGAAUAUCAGUAAUUUUCACACACAGAUUUUACGAGUGAAAGAUAGGUAAUAGUGGUAUUUUAUUUUUUUCUAUUCUUAAAUCUAAAAUUAAAUAUUUAAUUACAAUUCUGUAUGUAUAAAUUUACUUUUUCUUUCGUCUCAGAGAUAACUUCCCAAUGAUCAUGGCAGCCAAUAAGGUUGAUCUUCUACAUCAAAGGGUUGUUAGUGAAGAGCAAGGACUGCAUCUGGCUGCUAACUUAAGGGUAAGCAUUGUAUACAAAAGUGUUACAGUUUAACAUUACCAUUGGUAUUCUUAUGAUAACAAACAUAGUUAAAAUAAAAAGUUUUCCUCUUUGACAGGCCUGCACAAAGUUAUAAUGCAUAAAUAAUAUGCCUUAUUCUAAUACUUGAAGAUUGUCAACUUAUACAUUUUUUAAAUAUAUAUUUCCGUCUUUAAACAAAAGUUCCUUAAAAUUAUAUUAGAAUAAUAAAUUAACUUUGCAAAUACAGAACUUUUCCUAACUAGUAAAUGAACUGAAAAAAAAUGUGUCACUCUUCUUGAAGUCUUUGGUAUACUUAAUAUGUAAUAAAGUUAAAGAGUGCUUGUGUUUAAAAGACUGAAUAAAGCAUUACAUGAGAGGUAUAUAUGUCAUUAUAAUAUUUUGGAACUUUCCUUUCAGGUGCCAUAUAUUGAAACUAGUGCUAAGGAUCCCCCAUUGAAUGUGGAUCUUGCAUUCCAUGAAGUUGUUCGAGUGAUAAGGUAAUUGAAUAUAAUAUUUGUCAAAAUUGUAAGCCAAAAUUCUUGUUAAGACAACACUAUGUCUUUGUUAAAUGGCUAUUAUUUUUGCUUAAAUUAAGUACUAUCUUCAUUUAUUUCCUGUCAUACAUUAAGAGCAAUCUCUCAAAUUUUUUGUUGUUGUUAUAGUUUGCUCAAAAACAGGGCCUUUGGUGCUGUUUUUACAAGUACAGUACAGGGUUUUAAACAUUUGUCUGAGUUAGUCAUGUGUUGUAACCAGUAGAUUGUAAGACUAAAGAAUAAAAAAAAUUUUACGCUGACAAAAGAUCGAGUAUAUCUGAUAUGCAUGCAUAUAUAAAUAAAGCAUAUAAAUAUAUAUAUUACUAAUUCACUCUAAUAUUUUAUUUAAAAGAAUACCUCGCAGACAGAAGAGAGUUCUCCUUGCAACCCCAAAUUAAUUAUUUUAAAAUAAUUGUCCUGGUUUUAAUUGGAAAAUUUAAGAUUUUUUAAAUGGCCUUGUUUUAAAUUUGAAAAAAUGUUCCCAUAAUCAUUUAGUUUUACCUUUUUUAAAAUUUAUUUUUAAUAAAUUCAUUUAGACGUCUGCCAUCACCUAAGAAAAAGAAAAAGACUUCUGGAGGCUGGCGAUGUGUUGUGCUGUAAUCUGGAUUAGGGCCUUUUCUUUUAGCUAAACUUUAGCACGUUUUCCCAGGAUUGCUGUAAAUAAUUAUGAUUGGGCUCUUGAUUCUAAAUUAAUAUAAAUAUUGAUUCAUUUUAUCUUAGAAAACUGCUUUGAAAAUUAUUAAGAAAAUACCUAGUCAAAUGAUUUGAAUUUGAGACUGUAUUCUUUGAUGUAAUGGCUCAGAAUUUACCUCCCAUAUAUGAAAUGUUACAUGGCAAAAAUAAUUAAAUAUAGUUAUAAGAUGUUUAUGUUGAAAUGGGUAUUCAAAUUUUGAAAGCUCUGUCGACAAAUUAAACUUUCAAAGUUUACUAAAUAAAUAUUUUGAUUCAAAUAUUGCACAUUAUGUUUACCGUUAGCAAUAUAUUUUUGUUCCCAUUUUCAGUUGAAUUGCAUUCCUUAAAUAUAUUUUCAAAUUCAGGCUUAACAAUAUUGUUUUAUGUUGCUUUUGACCAUUGAAAAGAUAAUUUGUGAUAUAUGAACUUGCCAGUCAUGAGAUGUCAAUAAUUUUUCUGAGCUCAAGAUGUAUUUUUUAAAUAUUAUGUUUUCAAGUGAUUUUUACUGUAUAUUCCGAACUAUUCCAGAGGGUAAGAAAUAUAUUCAGUACCUUAUUCUUAAUCUCAUGGUCUGCCUUCUUAGUUAAGGAUGCGUCAGACUUUUUCAGGCCCCCUUUUUUUUUUCAAGAAGAGUGUCCCAUUUUUUUUCCAGUUCCUUUACAAUUUAUGAAGUAUGUGCUUAGUAACUUUAUUAUUCCUGGGCAUGGACAAAAAGUAUACUAUGUAAUGAAUGUUUAAGUUUAAGUUCUAAGAGACUGCUUUAUUAGAUAAGUGUAAUAUGAUAAUGAUGCAUCAUUUUUAUUUAGGUUGUGUUAAGAUUGUGUUAUUGCACAUUAUAUUCCAUUUGUUGGCACUUUUUUAUUUUUUAAAAACAUUUACAUUGCUUAAUUUUUAAAAUGUUGAGUUUUUUUCUUUCUUUUAUCUUAGAAAUUAACUACCUUUUAAAAGUACUAACAAUGAAACAAUUUUAACAGCAACAAUGGGUACUGGCAAAAACUUUCUAUAAUAAAAGUUUAAUAAAAUUAUUAUUCUUUAGUUUAGCUUUUUUUUAAACAUCAAAUGAAUGUCUUUUCCUAAAUCAUCUGAUUAAAUGAUUUUGAUUUCAACCUAGGAGGGAGCAAUGGUUAUUUAGUUUUUAAGAAAUUGUUGGUGGAUAUCUGCAGUUAGUGGUGUAAAAUAUUUUUAUUUUUUUUUACAAUUACUGAAACGGGUGUCUAAUUUAUCAGUUUUAAAUUUGGUUAGAUCUAUAUUUGAUAUGUGCUUAACUCCACGGCAUGCAAAUGUUGUUAACAUUUUAAUGGUUUACUCUUAAUAAAACAGUAAUAAUCUACGCUUUAUUUAAUGGCACUCAUUGUAUUUAAAUUAGAUAAGCAAAUCUCAUCAUUGUUAAAACACAGGCUGUUACUUAUUUUAUGUUUGUACAUAUUUUAUGAUAACCCAUGACUGUGGAAGAUUUAGAUAUGGUAUAGGCCUUACACUAAAACAAAAUAUUUUUUGUCCCCACAACAAAACACCAAUGUUCCCUCUAAGGUUUGUUGGUUCGUGUGCAAAAUGAUAAAGUUGUGUGCAAAUUUUUACAGCAUCAAUUUUUUUGUGCAUCAAUUUUACAGCCUACAGACACAAACACACACUUAAGUUGAAAUUAGCUGCCGGUACUCAAACUGCUGUGUGGCGUCUGUUAGAUUGAUGCGCAGUCGCGCAGCUUAAAGGGAACAUUGCAUAACACUCUUGCUUUUUGCUAUAACGAUAGUUUGUAAAGAAUUUUUUUUUUACUGGCACGUGUGGUGCUAAAUAUAAAACUAUUACUGGGCAAUGGUAAACAUUUGAGAUAU